UUAGAUUCUAGUUUCUCUGAUUCAUUAUUUGUCAGUAAUUCAAAAGAGAUCUUGAGUUCAUUUUUUAUAGAUUUGGCCUUUAGUCAGUUCACAUCAAUAGAAAAUGGUUCAAUUUUAAUGAUUUCAGCAAGAAGUUCUAGUUUAUCAUCUAUUAGUUCUACAUAUUUGAUCUUAAAA